UGGUCAAUUCCGACUCAGAAUCUGCAAAAACAAGAUUCCAUCCUAAUUUUACAUACCCAGAAGUGAGAAGACCAUUUGCAGAUUUUGGUCCUCUGCUUUUGCUUUUGCCAGAGAAACAAAGGGAAAAGUCAGUUUUGGACUUUUUUUGUGAUUCCCACAACCCCACCCCUCCUGCAUCCAAUUGGCUUAAAAGGGUUCUGGGUUCUCUUCUCAUAUUAAUUUGUCUCUCUUUUGGACUAAAGGGAGAUUCUGUUCUUUAUUUCAAAGGUUAUUAUUAUUCUUUUGAACUUCGAAAGAUUGUUUCCGACAUUGAUAUAUAAAAGCAGUGCAGUUUGGCAUAUCAAAGCAACCUGCAGCUUUCUUGGUCCUCUAAUUCUUUAGGUGAAGCCUGUUUGAGUUGAUAAUUUGAUACAAAAUGGCCAUAAAGACAAUUGGUCUUAUUAAAGGUCGUCUUCCGGAGGAGUUAAAGAAGGUGCUUUUGUCUGUAGCUUCUGAAUGGGGGGAUGUAGUGGAUGAUAUGAAUGGCUUGCAGGUUAUCCCAUUGAAGGGGGCCAUGACUAAUGAGGUCUAUCAAAUAAGUUGGCCUAUGAAAAACGGUGUUGACCUUUUCAGAAAAGUUCUGGUCCGGGUUUAUGGCGAAGGAGUUGAAGUGUUUUUUAACCGGGAGGAUGAAGUUCGGACGUUUGAGUGCAUGUCCAAGCACGGCCAGGGGCCGCGCCUCCUUGGACGAUUUGCAGAGGGACGGGUUGAGGAGUUCAUUCAUGCUAGAACGCUAUCAGCUGCUGACCUUCGUGAUCCUGAAAUAUCUGCAAUUAUAGCAGCUAAGCUGAGAGAGUUCCACAAUUUGGAUAUGCCUGGUCCGAGAAAUGUAGUCCUUUGGGAUAGAAUGAGGAACUGGCUCAAUGAGGCGAAAAACUUGUGUUCGAUAAAAGACAUACAGAAAUUCGGCUUGGACACUUUGGAAGAGGAAAUUAGUAUGUUAGAGAAGGAACUGUCACAGGACUAUCAAGAAAUUGGGUUCUGUCACAAUGACCUGCAAUACGGUAACAUAAUGAUGGACGAAGAGACCAGAUUAAUCACUAUAAUUGAUUAUGAAUAUGCCAGUUACAAUCCUGUCGCAUACGACCUUGCAAAUCAUUUCUGUGAAAUGGUUGCGAACUACCACUCUGACACACCUCACGUUUUGGACUACAGGAACUAUCCAGGUCUGGAGGAGCGCCAGAAAUUUGUCCGUGCAUAUCUCAGCUCUGCAGAUUACGAACCCAGUGAUGCUGAGGUGGAGCAGCUAGUUGAAAUAACAGAGAAGUACACUUUGGCUAACCAUCUCUUUUGGGGCUUAUGGGGAAUAAUUUCGGGUUAUGUGAACAAAAUUGAUUUUGACUACGUUGAGUAUGCAAGGCAGAGGUUUCAGCAGUAUUGGUUGAGAAAGCCUGCGUUGUUGGGUUCUUGAGGCGAGUCCCUGUAAUAACACGAACAAGGCCUUUAUACUCGUUCGUAAUUAGUGAUGUUGCUUCAUAAAUUUUAUUGAAAAUGUGAAAUAAUUGUACAAAUAAAGACGUGUGAGAGAUUUGUACCAAAAAAAAGAAAAAGAAAAGAAAAAGAUAUGUGUGAGAUAUAAAUAUGAAAUGUAGUUGUCAAUGGCAUUGACGGCUGAUAAUAAUACUCAAAGGGAUGAUGCUCGUAAA